CUUCACAAGCCAAACAUGUCUACUAGUACUACUCCAUCAUCUUCAUCUUCAUCUUCUUCUUCUUCUUCUAUUUGGGUAUUGACUACCAUAAAGCUUCGGUUCUUUGCCCGCAUCAAACGGUUUCUUCAAUCCAAAGCAACCCGGAAGCGCUGUGACCCCUCUGAUCGAAUUGACAUAGCAAAAAGCAGAGCUGAAGAUAACAAGAAGGUUGAGAAUCUAGAAACAGUUCAAGUUAUGGAGAAGCAUAAGGAGGAGGAGUCUUCAACCCUUUUGCAGAGGACUGUGAAGAUGCUUCACUUUGGGAACUGGGAAGAGAAGGAGAUGGCAGCAAAGGAGAUUGAAAGGUUAGCUAAAGAAGAUGUCAAGGUUAGAAAGUUGAUAACAGAAUUUAGGGUGGUGCCGAUGUUGGUAUCUAUGGUGGAGUCACCGGUUGCUAGCCGCCGACGAGCAGGGUUGACGGCGUUGAUCCACCUAGCUGACGGAACUUACACGAACAAGGCUUUGAUAGUGGAGGCAGGAAUAUUGUCCAAGCUACCUAAGACAAUUGAACUUGUAGAUGAAUCAACAAUAAGUGAAUUUGCAGAGUUGCUUUUAUCAUUGUCAUCUCUGGCAAACACACAAUUCCCUCUUGCUUCAUUAGACUUUCUCCCAUUACUUAGGUACAUUCUCGAGACAGGCUCAAGUUUUGAUACCAAACAAUCAUGUUUGGGUGCCUUAUACAAUCUAUCAACUGUGUUAGAGAAUGCAGGCCCUUUGGUUUCUAGUGGGGUUGUUCCUAUCCUCUUGGAACUGUCCUUAGUGAAGGAAAUUUCAGAGAAGGCACUUGCCACUCUAGGGAACUUGUUAGUGACUUUGAUGGGAAAGAAAGCAAUAGAGAACAGCUCAAUGGUGCCAGAAAGCUUUAUUGAGAUAUUGUCAUGGGAAGAUAAACCCAAAUGCCAAGAAUUGUCAGUUUAUAUUUUGAUGAUUCUAGCGCAUCAAAGCUCAUCCCAAAGAGAGAAAAUGACACAGACUGGGAUUGUUUCUGUGCUUCUCGAAGUGGUUUUAUUGGGGAGCCCUUUAGCUCAAAAGAGAGCAAUGAAAUUAUUGCAAUGGUUUAAGGAUGAAAGGCAAAAAAAGAUGGGGCCACAUUCGGGUCCACAAACACCUAGAUUUGCAAUGGGUUCACCAGUAAAUCAAAGAGAGGCAAAAGAAGGCAAGAAAUUGAUGAAGAGUUUGGUGACACAAAGCUUGCAUAGGAAUAUGGAAAUAAUAACGCAGAGGGCAAAUGCAGCUGGGGAGUCUUCUAAGCUGAAGUCAUUGAUUAUCAGCACAAGUUCCAAGAGUUUGCCCUACUAAAGCGCUUUUUUUUUCUUUUCUUUUUUUUGUCUUAUAAUAUUUGAAGUUGACUCAGUUUUAGCAAUUUGGACUUUCCUUAUAUGUGCUAUUCUUUGGCCAGCCAUUGAUGGUAUCACAUUAGGGGACAAAAAUAUGAAAAACGGUAGAA